AUGUUUAUUUUUCCACAUGUCAUGACCUACGGCAACGCUUCGUUCAUUUUACUUCAAAUUAUUUAUGGCUUUUUUGUUGCUGGUGGCAUAAGUCUCCGAUCUGUCAUCUUAAAAGAGCUGAUUCCAGGAAGUGUCGCUAAGCCUCUAGCUUGGAUGUACUUUAGCGAUGGUCUCUUUGUUGUUCUAGGAUUUUGCUUCUCUGCUUAUGUCGACACAAUUACUCCAAUGUGGGCAUACAACUUUGCUGGCGGCUGCUUUGUUGCAGCCGUGGCGACGAUGUUUUUACUUCUACAACGGUACUUAAAAGCAUAUCAUGAAAAUCUUGCAAAAAAAGCUAACGAAAAAGCUGCUCCAAAAGCUAGAAAUGAGCCUGAAGACGAAGCUAACAAGGUUGAGGCCAUAGAAUUGUUAAACAGUCAAAAUGGCGAUGCUAAUCCAGCCUAA